UUGCAGCGCCAGCGGCUGAGACAGGUAACCCGCGGCUCGGCUGUCAGUCAGCUGCUCCGGGGCACGCGGACCCCUGGGGGAACUGGAAGUUGUGGAAACAUUGCUUGUGAGAGCAGGUGCUUCUUAUUUGGUGAGCCAGCCAUCUGCGAUGCCAAAUGAGUAGAGGAGACCGGAAGCCUCGGCCAAGAUUCAUCAAAGCCACCAACCACGUCCUGCGCCAUGGACACAAAGCUGGACCCUGCCCGGGAUGAUCUGCCUCUCAUGGCCAACACCAGCCACAUGCUGGUGAAGCACUAUGUCCUGGAUCUGGAUGUGGAUUCUGAAAGUCGAGUCAUUGAGGGCACCAUAGUUCUUUUCUUUGGAGAUGGAAACAGAUUUAAAACACAGGCAGUUUCCUCCCAGGACACCAUCCAGAUGGAGUCAGAGAAAGACUAUACUUUUAGGACAACGGAACCCUGCCAUGUGCCCAAGAUGGAUGCAAGUACCUUCUCACCUCAGAUGGGGUAUAAUGAAUGUGCAGUCUGUGGUAAAGGUGAUCAAGAUGCCUUUGAUAACGAUGGUAACCAUGACAACCGGGAAUGUGAUUCUGAGAUCUCUAGCUCAAAGUACUGCUGUGACACAGGGAAUCAUGGGAGAGAGGAUUUCUUGCUCGUGUUGGACUGCUGUGAUCUAUCUGUGCUAAAGGUAGAGGAGGUGGAUGUGGCUGCUGUGCCAGGCCUUGAGAGAUUCACAAAGGCUCCCAAGCUCGCAGCCACUCCUGAGAAGCUCAGGCGUGACAUUGUCCGUGACCUGGUGGCUCUGCCUGCAGAUGCAUGGAGGGAGCAGUUCGACUGGUACGCUCGCUGCAGCCAGGCUCCUGGAUGUGGGGAGCUCUUCUUUGACACUGACAGUUGGAGCUUACGGAUCAGGAGGACGGGGGCUCAGACAGCUGCUGACUUUCCGCAUGCCAUCAGGAUAUGGUACAAAACUAAACCUGAGGGGCAGUCAGUGACUUGGACCUCAGACCAGGAUGGCAGGCCGUGUGUUUAUACUAUGGGAUCCCCCAUCAACAACAGGGCCCUUUUUCCAUGCCAGGAACCACCGGUUGCCAUGUCAACAUGGCAGGCUACAGUUCGAGCAGCUGCAUCUUUUGUUGUUUUAAUGAGUGGGGAAAAUUCUGCCAAGCCCACACCACUUCGAGAAGGAUGGAUGAGCUGGCAUUACUACGUGACCAUGCCAAUGCCAGCCUCCACCUUCACAAUUGCAGUGGGAUCCUGGAUAGAAGUGAAGCCUAAGACAUCCCCAUCAGAUGAGCUGGUGAUAGAGCACCCUCUCCUGCCUGCAAAAGCUGACUUCAGGUAUGCUGAAACCUGCAGUCAUGUAGAAUACCCCUGCCGAUUCCAGGAUGCUUCUGCUGCCACCCAGGAGAUCAUUCCUCACCGAGUGUUUGCCCCACUGUGCCUUGAGGGUGCCUGCCAAGAGGCCCUGCUGUGCCUGGUCCCUCCUUGCCUGUCAGCUGCGCACUCUGUCCUGGGAACACACCCUUUCUCCCGGCUGGACAUACUCAUUGUCCCUGCCAACUUUCCAAGUCUGGGGAUGGCCAGCCCACACAUCAUCUUCCUCUCUCAGAGCACCUUAACAGGUAUGAGCCAUCUCUGUGGGACCCGUCUCUGCCAUGAAAUUGCGCAUGCCUGGUUUGGCCUAGCCAUCGGGGCCCGAGACUGGACAGAGGAGUGGCUCAGUGAAGGGUUCGCCACUCACCUGGAAGAUGUGUUUUGGGCUGAAGCACAGCAGCUGCCCCCACACGAGGCCCUGGAGCAGCAAGAGCUGAGGGCUUGCCUGCGCUGGCAUCGCCUACAGGAUGAGCUGCGGAACUCCCCAGAGGAAAUGCAGAUGUUGAGACCCAACAAAGAGGACACUGGCCAUGUGAGCUCUUCAGGUGCGUCCGUUGUCAAGCAUGGACUCAACCCAGAGAAGGGCUUCAUGCAGGUUCAUUACUUAAAGGGCUACUUCCUUCUCCGAUUCCUAGCCAGAACACUUGGAAAGGAAACUUACUUUUCGUUUUUAAGAAAAUUUGUACACCUGUUUCAUGGGCAGUUGAUCCUUUCGCAGGAUUUUCUUCAAAUGCUGUUGGAGAGCAUUCCAGAAGACAAAAGGCUCGGCCUGACUGUUGAGAACAUCAUCUGUGAUUGGCUUGAAUGUUCCGGAAUACCUAAGCACACCCAGGAAGAAAGCAAGGCUUUGCUCGGUACAUGAAGCAUGAUACCGGUGGACGUCUACCCAGAAGUCUGCAGGAUAAGCAUUGUUGUGCCCUUCCUAUAGAUGAAGAAGCUGACCAGCACACUGUGUUUCUGACGUUUGCACAGCUGUGACUUUAUCACAUUGAUAGAUUCAGAGAGCAGCGUAGUAGGGAUGCUGUAUGGUCUUUGCUCCUGUGCUUUGGCACCACGCAUUUCUGUGUAUCCCAGGCUGGCCUUGAACUCUUGAUUCUCCUGACUCGAUGUUAUGAAUGCUGAGAUUACAGAUGUGACCACCACAUCUGGCUUUGUUUCCUGUAGCAAAAUAUGGCUUAUUGUCUUAUAUGAGAAGGGUCUAGUAGUGGGAUUGUUGAUUCUCCUCUGUAAUAAGAGAUAUGAGAAAGAGAACCUGCUUCUCCUGUCUGCCACUCACCACUGGAAGGGACAGGUGCUCCUUUGCUGUGGCUCAGAUGGGCCACACCUCUACAAACUCCGCCCAAGGACGCUACAUCCCUGUGGGGAGUGGAGGGGGACAGAAAUUAAAGAUGACUGUUCUGUCUGCUUUGGCACGGUCUCAUUUCCCCCUCAGUAAAGUGUGUGUUUCUCACGGGCUCGGAGAGGUGUAUGAUGCGAAUGUUCAGGAAGCAGCGACAGUGCCCUGCUCUCAGUCCUCAGAGGCCCCCCCAUUGAACCUAGGCUUCAUCCCAGGACAGUGCGAGGCCAGGUUCACAGCACAGCUUCAACAGACCUCAGAUAGCAAGGAAGACAGGAAGCAAAGCUAACGGUUAAAUAAACCACAGCAGGAAAAGAGUUGGGACAAGACGAAACCUGGUGGCAGGGCUUUCACCCAGCACACACAAAGCCUAUGGUUCCAUGGGCAACUCAGAGAAGGGGAGGCCCUAGGAUACUGUGGGCUUUGAUCCAGUCUGAGGUACCCAAUAGGAACGUGAAUUGUCCAGUGGGCUUUUGCACUGUGGCUCUAAGGGGUGCAACUUUUUCCUGGUGUCUGACUGCUGGGGCACAGAAGUUGUGCUGUGUGUGGAGUGGCUGGAUUGAUCCCCUCUAGAGAGCAGCUAUGUUUGGUAUCUAGAGAACAAAGAAGACUUGCUGCUUGGCUGAUCAAUUUGGGAUCAAGUUCACAUUCCCCAGCACCCAUUCUCCCACCUCCACACACAGUGGGUGGAGGCAGAGGGAGGGAGGGAGAUGCGAGCUCUGGCUUCCCUAAUAUGGACACUGCUGGCCCUGGGGAGCAGUAAACAUUGACUUCAUCCAGCCCUGGAGGACCAUCUCGGGAAGAAGAGGGGGACUGGUAAGCAAGCAACCACCGGCACAGGUCCUUGCAUUGUUUCCCGGAACACCCCCUUCCAUGGAGUGUUUGGUGAACAACACCCUAGAAACUGGCUUUCUGUCAUAAUUAUUCAUAGUACAGUCAGCAACCAUAGUCUCCAAAAGGUGGCAGAUUUUACGUUCCUCUGUGUGUGAGAGAUUUUUAUUACUUGUUAAUAGAGAUGAUUCAGGCCCAGUAUUCUGUUUGCAAAUUGUGACUUGUUUAGGUUCCUUUUGGAGACCUGACGGCAGGCAGUCUAGUCCGAGUGGGAAGGUUUUAUUAAAGUAUAGAUCUUUCUGGAGCCCUAGACUCCCCGGACAGCCCCUCCUUAAGGGGUACACACACGCUUCUGUAUGCUGUACAGCACCGUACCGUAUCAGCCCCCAGGAAGUGAUGGGAAGAUACCCACGUGUGCUGUGAGCUUUCCACCUAGUAAAAUACAACCGUACCAUAUGUCUGUGCCUGUGCCUGUGCCUUUGGGGAGAUGUUUGUCAUUAUUUCUCCCAGAGCACAUGCAUGCAUGUGCGUGCGUGUGAGUGUUUUCUAAGCAAGGGAACCCAUUUCGUCAGAGCAGGCUGUCCACACCUCAAGGAAGUCAGCUAGCAUGGGCUACUCUUUAAUGGAGCAAUCCCUCUGAACACAGAGAAGGAUCUUUUCCAUUGGAUAGACUUCCCUCGGAUCCUAAGCUAGCUCUGUAAUCAGACCAUGGAAAGUGUGGCCAGUACUAUAGGUUAGCAUCAGACCAGGCCACCUGAAGACAAAUGCUAAAAUCUCAGUGCAGGACCCAGAAGUGUAUUAACCCAGAGUCUCACAGGGACUGCUUGCUUCUGUGAGGAAGGACCAUGGGAAUCUUGUUUUAAGUCUUUUCGUGUGCAUAUCUAAUGCAUGGCUGAGUUUAUUCCUAACUACAUGCUAUGGGAAAUGCUCCCUGUGUCAACCCAUCAGCCCAUCCUCCUCCUCACCAUGCCCCCUUCUGCCCAUGGGAACCUGCUGUCACAGAACAUGGUAUGUGGUCACUCUCUGUUUUAUUGGCUUUCAGAGUUGGAUUCCCUCCAAGCAUCUGUAUUUUUGGAAGCUAUUAGAUAUGGGGCAUCAUUUAAACCACCCAAUUUAGUGGUUCUUGGCACUGUUGGCACAUUGAGAUCGCUAAAAAAGAGGAGCUUAAGAUGACUUUGUGGUAUAAAUCUUAGUGGUCACCUAUAUGGUGUGAUUUGUUACACCCCCACCACAACACACUGCCUCUUACACAUCAACACACCCCAACACACCACCUCUCACACAUCAAUAUAUCCCAACAUACCCCAAUACAUCCCAUACACCCAACACACCCCAGUGCAUCGCCUCUUACACAUUAACACACCCCUACAUACCCCAAUACACUUCACACACCACAAUACAUCCCACACACCCCAACACACUGCCUCUCACAUAUCAACACACCCCAAUGUAUCACCUCUUACAUAUCAGCACGCCCCAACACACCCCGACACACCGCCUCUCACAUAUCAACACACCCCAAUGUAUCGCCUCUUACACAUCAGCACGCCCCAACACACCGCCUCUCACAUAUCAACACACCCCAAUGUAUCGCCUCUUACACAUCAGCACGCCCCAACACACUGCCUCUCACAUAUCAACACACUCCAAUGUAUCGCCUCUUACACAUCAGCACGCCCCAACACACUGCCUCUCACAUAUUAACACACCCCAAUGUAUCGCCUCUCACAUAUCAACACAUUGUAACAUACCCCAAUAUACCCCACACACUCCAGCACACCCCAACACACCCCCACACACCCCAGCACACCGCCUCUCACAUGUCAGAGGUGGGAACCACAGGUGGAAAACCCCAUAUGUAAUUUUGUAUUUCACCUAUGACCUUUCUGUAAGAUUAUAGUGUCUGGGAGUGAAUGUCAAGGUCACAUAAAGAAUUACAGUCAGGGCUAGGGUGAUGGCAUAGUCAAUAAAUCCACAGAACACUUGUAAGAAAGCCCAGCACUGGGGAGGAAAGAGCCUGUAGCUACCUUGUCCAAUGAGGGUCUCCAAAGCUGAUGUGAACAGCUCCCAAGGACCAGCACCUGAAGUUGACCUCUGACCUCCACAUGGACAUGCAUACGUGCAUGUGUAUCUGUAUAUUCACACAUUAAAGAUCUAUAGCCACACUCCUGAUUAAGGAUGUAGGAUGAUGUCUCUUCCAGCAGAUGUUAGAGGGUUGGAUUCUAUUCUAUGGUCCAUGUUUUGACGUGGGGUUAACUGGAUCCACAGAAUAAACAAGGAUUUUAAGUGAAGCUCCCUUGUUCCAUCAAGACCUAAGGCCAGGCCAGACGAAGUGCUAAAGGCACUGGAAUUACCCUGACCCAGUGUCUCCAUGCUUAAGCUGGUACCUUGUGAGACGCAGGUGGGGCAGCUUGGGUGUCCAGUGCUAUGUAAACCACUCCUGUUGGAGGUGGGCUGUCCUGGUUUUCUGCCAGUUACCAAGGCUCUGUGGUCUCUCAUGGCUGGUACUUCAGUCUUCAGGUCCAGCCCUUCGGGUUCUAGUAGCUGCCUUGCUGCUUGUUUUUGAUAGUUACACCUUGAUAUGUAAACAACUGCUUCCUGUCUUGAGUACCCAAAUGUGGCAUUGGAUUACUGCCCUCCGUGAGAAAGACGGCUUAGAGAUGCCAGACAGCUAUUGGAUCCGGACCCUGACAGAGUGUCCAGGUGUUCGUAACAGCAUCCAUGUUUCUGCGUCAGUGUGGUGUCCUGCUCUCUCGUUUGCAGUAGGGUCUCCAUCAUGCUUGUGUGUCCAGUGUUCAUCCUCCCUGCCAGCUUUGGUACCAUUCAGAUAAGACAUUGGGUCCGUCAGCAUUUUUCUGACACCCGUGUGUUACAUUCUGGUAAUGUUUCCUAAUAUUUUCUCAGACCUUUGUAGAGAAUAUAAUCGCCUUAGCUUUACACAAAACGUCCAAGUGCUGUGCUGAUGGAGAGAAAGGCUGGAAACAUGGCAUUUUCCCAGUCCAUCGAGGAGAAAUGGAGAUUAAACGGGAAAAUUAAAAUCCCAAUACUUUAUUUAUCAUUGUCUCUCCUGCCCAAAAUGGAGCUAAGGCUGCUUCCAAAGCAGAUAGAUACUGCAGAAUUUGGCAGGAAGAUGGGCAAGGAGCAUAGUUAAUAUUCCGCAAACUGUCCCUGAGGUUCCUAUCCUGGCUAAGGAGAGUCCCCAAAGCACCAAGUAUUGGGGAAGAUUGAUAAACUAGUUUUGAGAAGGUGAAAACCAGGAGCCUAGUCUGACCACUCCUGACACUGAUACCAGAGAGAAGUAAAAAUGCCAAAGGCAACAGCCCUCUUCCUGGUAAGCACAGCUGUGAGUUUAUGUCUCUCCAUAAGGGACAAUCGCUUCUCACCAGACCUGCAUGGUGAGAGGCCAUUCCUAGAGCAUAGGAAGGUGAAGGCCAAGGCCAGAUUUAUGGAGGUCUGACUGAACCUAGGAAUGAACUCUUGUGUCCCGUGUGGAAGUUUAAACAGCAGUGGUGCAGGAAUACAUGGGAAGUAGAGGAGUCCUUGCUUGGGGUACACAACGCAAGGCUCCUUCCUCAGUACUAAAAGUAUAAGGGGGAGAGCAUCUUACACAUUGUCCAGUUGGUUGUGCUCUGCAGAGGGUUCUGGGUACGCGGAUGAGUUCACGGCUGCACUUACAGGCAGGAAAAUGUAAGUCUGGGCAGGGACCAGAGCCCACAGUGGGCUGUCUGGUAUGAGCCACACGUCUCUUCUGAAAAUAAUGCUGUGGAAUCACACUCACCUAGCAGGGCUAAAAUCCCCCAGCACUGAUGGAGCAGACAGUACCAUGCAAGCUAUGUGCAAUUCUUCUAAACUCAGGGAAAGCAGGCAUGAGACCUGUUACAUUUUUGCAAAUUUAAAGCUGUAACACUUUUGUCAGUCUGCUCCUACUCCUGACUUGUUCCUGUUGCUUACUCUAAAGGUCACUCUCUUUCCAGGCCCCCUGGAUUCCUGCUGUUUGGUUUUGGUUUUGUUGGGUUGUUUGUUUGUUACUCAGACUGGUCCAGAACUCACAGCCCUGCCACAGCCUCUGCAGUGAUGACAUCACGAAUGUGGGCCACCAUGCCUGCUGUAUGUUAGCAACAGAGUGCUUAGCUGUUUGGGAGCCAAAGUCCUCGGCUUCCCUCUGCAGAUGGUUCUCCCCUGGCUUUGCCUAGGGAAGCAUAAUUUUCUGUCUGUCAGAAUAAUUAAAGGGCUCCCCAUGUUUACCCUGCGGGGUUUCCUGUGGGCUCUACUCACUCCUCCGUGUUGUGCUUCAUUCACCAAAUAGAAGCCGGAAGAGAACACCCACCCCUAUCAAUACGAUUGGCAUCACUGCCUUUUCCUGUGAGAGGAAUAACUUCCUCUUCCACCAAAAAGAAAAAAAAAAAUUGAAAAAGAAACUCCAAAGCGACGUUCUCUGAAAAUAAUCUCCAGUUUCUGCUUUGAGCACGGGUUUGUUUGAAAGCAGAGGCAUUUCCUUGGGCUCUGAAAUUGCCUUUGACUGUUAGGAACUGCUUUGACAAAAAGUUUUUAAAAAAAUCUUCCUUUCUAAAUAUGCCUGUCAACUAGCUGAGGCAUUUAAAAAGAUAGAAUUCAAGCAUAAAGUGGUCCAUUUUUAAAAGAUAGCUUGGAAGUGCUUUUGCCACUCUGGAAGAUGCUAGACUAUUCGUCCCUAACCGCGGAAUUCAGUGUUUUUAAAGGCUUCUCCACAGCCUGCUGACAUAUCAACUCAUAAGCAAGGAGGGAUUUAAGUAAACAGCAGAGAAAUGUGCUCAGGUUGUGUUGAACAAUAAAAACACUAAUUUUUCUAGUGUUACAUUUCAUUCUGACUUUAGCCCCCCCAACACCAUUCUGAGCUGUAAUUUGAAUUACUGGUUACAGGGACCUUUCAUUUUCUGUUUUUGUUUUUUACGUCAUUUUAGAACUGUGUUCCUUUUUAAAAAAUUCAAAUGUAUAAUUUUGUGCCUCUUACAAACGGUGAUAUUCUAGCAGUUAAAGAAAUUGGAGUUAGGGAAAUAAUCAUCAAAAGACCCACACACACACUUGAACUGUGUGCCGUGUGUUCCUCUGUCCCUAUGUACUUCAUUCACUUUAAAUAAACCUUUAUUACAUUUA